UAUAAACAAGUUUGCUGACGUAUGAACCCUGUUCUAGUUUGUGAGUGAAGGAAAAUGGACGGAUUGUAGCAAGAAGCGAUUCAGGUCUUUGGACCUUCGGACAGUCAAUGUUGGUUAACGGAUUUAUGCGAAUGCAGUUUUAGUGAUAAGAUCUGGGAGAGAGCACAUUUGUGUUCAAAGUCAAGUGAUAUAGUUGUUUAAACAAAAGACAACACCAGUUUACCAAAAUGUUAGAGGUAGAGCAUCAGGCUUUUUAUAACCUAUCGCCAAGAAGACCAUCUAGUCUAAUGUUAGACCGCGUACUUGCUGCAUUGCCCUCGCUGGACAUGGACCCGAUUAUGGAAGAUAUUGAGUUGAGAAAUAUUGAAAGUUCAACAAUGAACCGCCGUCCAUCAAGAAACAAGAAAAAACGUCGAAAGGAAGACCAACCUGCCCAAAAAUUCAAUGAUCUUUACACCCCUACUGGAGAAAAGCUGGGGAGUGGUGCCUAUGCUUCUGUAAAUACGUACCGCAAAAAUACAACCCAGAAACAGUAUGCUGUAAAAGUUAUUGAAAAAGAUUUUGGAAGGUCACGGAAGAAGGUGUUCAAGGAGAUUGAAAUUUUUCACUUGUGCCAAAGUGAAGAGAAUAUUUUACGGUUGCAUGAAUACUUUGAGGAGGAAGAAAGAUUUUAUUUGGUGUUUGAUUUGAUGCAUGGAGGAACCCUGUUGAACAACAUUGAGAGGAGGGGCCAUGUGACGGAGUUUGAAGCAAGCUUAGUGAUCAGAGAUAUUGCGAAAGCUCUUCACUUUCUUCAUAAGAAGGGGAUUGCUCACAGAGACCUGAAACCAGAAAACAUUUUAUGCGAGAAGAAAGACGAGGUUGUUCCCAUCCGUAUCUGUGACUUUGACCUUGCCAGUGGUGUGCCUAUCAAUAGUCAGAACGACAACUGUACAACACCUGAACUCCUGACCCCUGUAGGGUCAGCCGAGUACAUGGCACCUGAGGUUGUGGAUGCUUGGGUUGGCGAAUCUUUUUCCUAUGACAAGAAAUGUGAUCUCUGGAGUUUAGGAACAAUUUUGUAUAUCGUGCUGUGUGGCUAUCCCCCUUUCUAUGGACAAUGUGGAGAGGAUUGUGGUUGGGAAAGAGGAGAAGCUUGCCAGUCUUGCCAAGAAAAUCUUUUUACACGAAUUCAAGAUGGUGUGUUUGAGUUUCCUGAAAAUGAGUGGAGUGAGAUAUCUGAGGAAGCCAAGGAUUUGAUCCGAAAGCUUUUGGUUAGGGACCCACGUAGACGGUUAUCAGCCAAGGAAGUCCUGAACCAUCCCUGGGUGACAACCCCUCCCCUUCCCACCCCGCUGGCCACCCCAAGGAUCCUUACAAGAAACAACAGUACAAAAGAUCUGGAAUGUUUUGCCGGAGAAGCAGUCUCUAUCAACAGAAUGAUGCAACAGCAUCUACACAUAAAUGAGGCACCAUCAUUUUUCAUUGGGCGUAGAUCCCGAGGUGGUGAAGACAGCCAGGAGGAUGAGGACGAGUCUGACAGCAGUCUAUACAAUGGAAAUUCCAUGAGAGUUCCAAGUAUUAAACUGUCACCACCUUCUUCAGGACUCGCUAGGCGUAGGAGAAACUUUUCCGAUGAAAAUUCUGACUUAAGUAGUGAUAGUGGACUAUCUCUGCCAAAUUCACAUUCAUCGAACUUUGCUAUUAGUACGUAGUACUGCACUCGGACUGAUAAAGGAACCAAGAUUUCUCAAGUGUGAAACUGGAUGUAGAUAAGCGGAGUGGUUGUGUCUGAUGAGAGAGAGAGAGAGAGAGAGAGAGAGAGAGAGUAUGCUCAUAAAAAACCCACAUAAGCCAGUGUAUACGAGAUUAAUAUCAGGGAUUUUAUGUUGAUGUCAAAAAUGUGUGUCUCUGUCUUAACAAACAUGAGAAAAAAAAUUGACAUAUAAUCUUCAUACAAAACAAAUAGUUUAAAAGAAGAAAAUGAUCCGUUGUCUUUCAAAUAGAUUAUAGCGGGAGAGAUACAUGUGAUGAUCUUAUAUUUCCAUUAACCUUAAGGGGCAGUAUUUAAGUGCUAAAACAGCAAUUACUGCUAAUUAUAAAAAGCUGAUUAAUCCAAGGUGAAGAGUUGUGAUUUUAUGUACUCUAGUUAAGCCCAUGUGUCUUUAUGUUUGUAGUUUAAUACUUUGUUUUCACCUUUUUUGUAAUUUUACAUGUUAUUUUAGUAUGAAUGUUUUUACGUACUGUCUUGAGGUUUGGGGGGGGGGGGGGGGGGGGGGGAUGUUGGGGUAAAAACAAUUAGUUAUGUUCUGGCAUUAUCCACAAUUGUAAAACAUGCAGAACUUCGUUUGAAGGGAGCCAAAUUUUAUUGUGUUCAACCUUUGUGGAGUCGCUACAUAAAAAUAUAUCUUGUCUCGUGAAAUUGUCACCUAACCAGUCCAGUCAUGGCUGGGUAAUAAACCAUCUGUUAAACACCAUAUUGUCAAACAAUACCUCUAUACUGUUUGAGUUGCCUGCUAGCUAGUCGUACAAGGUUUAAACAUCUCAUGUGGUUACUUUGAUUUGUGCUUAAUAAACAUUCCAUUUCAAAUUAACUUUAAAGGUUCUACUCUUAAACAUUAAACAUUUUGCUGAGUUCAGUUACAAGCUAUUUUUAGCCAGGCAGAAAAUGUAGAAAAAUCUAGAAAAAUUAAAAUCUGAUGCAUGGGGAUUUUUAUUUCAGUUUGAGUUGAAAUUGAAACUCUAUAUCUUUUGCUUCAUAUAACCAGUCUAUUUUACAGAUGAAAGCAUUAUCUAAUUUGAAUGAAUUUGCCAAGUUUAUGAUAACAGCAGUUUAUGAUACCAGUAGUUUAUUUAGUGUAUAAAAAUGUUGUAUUAAAACCAAAAUAUGGUAGUUUUGCUCAAAAGAAACAACAAAAUCAGAAAAUUUAUAAUGUUAUAUCAUAUAUAAUGUAUGGGAAUUCUGUGUUGUGUAUGUGAUUUUCUUUAGCAGAACACAAGUGCCAUUCCAUUUCAUUCUAUUAACAUUAGACUCAGUCUGUCAAAGGUGCAUGAAAGAUAUCUAUACAUAUAUAUAUAUACAUUAUAUUCUUGUAUUUUUGUUUGAAAUAUUGUUGGAAACAUUUCUGUGCUUUAAAAUUACAAAUGUUAUUCCAACUCAUGAAGAAGACUGAGUAGUUGUUGGUCUACCAUAAUACAUAUUUCAUAUGCAAUUCAGAUGCUCAUAAGUUCAUUUUGAGUUCAUUUUGCAAAGUAAGCAAGGUCAAUAUAUGAAUGUGUUCACAAUUUUGCAAUGGCAGCCGAUCAAGAUUAAUCAAGAUACUUGCAAUCUUUUAAUAUGGUUUCACACUAAAGUAAAUGUCUUUGAAUAAUUUUUUUUAUGUCUAGUUUUCAAAAUAAAAGUUGUUACCUUAAUUUUGAACAAAUAUUUGAUGAAACUGUCAAUAUGUUUUAGAUGUGAAAUUGAAUUUUUAUAUCUAAAAAAAUAUUUUCUUACAUAAGAUUCAAUAUAUUUUCUUUUUAACAAGUUUACUUUAAUACAAAGGCAUUUACUACAGACUUGUCAUACAAACUGCACUUUUGAUUUGUUUGCAUCCAUUUCAUUUACUUUUCCACAGAUUUGUAUGUAUGUACAUGUACAGGUGUUUUACAAAGUCAUUCAUUCCAAGGAAACCUAAAUACCAUAACAAAAAACCUCACAUCAUUGAUAUCCAUUGUAUUGGUUGGUAUAUAUGACUGUUAUCGCUGUGUGUAUGUGUGAUCAUUGUCACAUGGAUCAUACAAUGUAAUGUUAUUGGCUAAGACAACUGUAUCCAAGGAUAUAAACGUUGGUGCAGGGUUUGCGCUAGGAUGUUACUGUGGGUCCAUGACCAGAUCACCAAUAUGGGUGUGUAACAUGUUACUGUACAAAGUGUACAUACAUGUAUAUAGACUUUGACAUUUUGGUCCCAAGAAAUGGCAUGUAUAAAAGGCGACUUUUGUUUACAUAUGUACAUAUAUUCACUGAUCUCAAAACAAACAAACAAAAUAAAACAAAAAUGACAGGUUAAUGUACAGCAUCUCGCAAAGCUCUGUAAAUAACUAGUUGACUAAGUACAUCAAAUAUCAUAUAUACAUGUAACAUGUAAAAAAAUGUUGUUUUAUAGACCAAAGUAAAAGCAAUAUUGGUAAAUUCUAUAUUUGGUUUAAUUCGCAAAUUAAUAUACCAAAAUACUAUAUUCAAAACUGCAUCGCAAUUAAUGCAUUGUUUUCAGUCAGGUUAUCUUGUUAAUUGCAAAGAAAAAACUGCACAAGUCAUAAAUUUGUUAUUUUUUGGAUCAGUAAGAUAUUAACCUUUUUUUUAUUUUAUUUCAGAAAUAUGUAUUGUUCUUAACAUAAUUUUGUUUGCAUUAUAAACUCAUAAUGUUAAUAGUUCAUCGCAUUGACAUGUUAUAUCAAGCCUGUUAAAAUAUACUGUUUGGAAAGUACUGGUAUUGGUAUGUAAGCUAUCUUAGUGUAAGAGGUGUGGAUUGCAAGACAACUCGGUUAUGGACACAAAAUGUCCAGAACAUAAUGUAUCUUUACGUAAGUUUUAUAUAUAUCUUUAGACAGGUCCAUUGCCAAUUUCAAAUUUCUGUUUCGGCGGCUUCAAUAGAGUAGUCGCAGACUUGUUGAAGUUAUAUACACACAAAAAAAGUACAGAACUUUCAUUUUGUAUUUUCAUUAAAUCAGUAAUUUGAUAAUGUUGCAUGGGAUCAAUUUCAUUGUCUUAGGGUUUCAGUAAAAAGUUACCAUGCUGGAAGCUACUAUUUCCUGUGAUAUUAUAUAAGAAUGUGUUCAGCUGUGAUUAUUAAACGUUGUGUUGACUCAAGCAUUUGUCUGUUAAAAUAUUAUUACAAACAUAAUUUUUAAUCUAUUUUGGAAUUUGAAAUUACUCGUUUUAAGGAUUCAAUUAGUAGGCCUUGAUAAAUUUGAUCUAUUUCUGUUAAUUAAUCGUGCUAAAUAAAAGACUUUUUUUUUGUCCAUUUGAAAAAAAUCAGUGUUUAAAUUAUGUGAAGUGGAAGUAGUUUGAGGAACAGCUAUAGGGCAUUACAUAUCAAGAAGUAUUAUUUUUUUUAUCUUGUUGGUGCAUUUAACAUACCUCCAACCAAGCCUUCAAAGCAAGCUGCUUAUUGCAUGGAUUGUGUGAAAUCAAAUUGACAAGUUACAAAGUAUCGUAACAAACUGAUGGUUGAUGGCAUGUAUUUUGACUGAUGCUAUCAGGUUUGGCAACUCAACAGAAUUAGGAAUCGAAAAAAGGUGAUUUUUAAUAUUAACGGUAUUAAAUGUAGUGACAAAGCAUUUGAUUCAAAAAGUGUUUUUAUCGAUGCAUUGAGAAAUAAAGGACUUUGAAUUCUA